GGAGGAGGAGGAGGGGGAGGAGGGAGAGGAAGAGGCGGCUGGGAGGGGCCAUGGCCAACAUCGCCGUGCAGCGGAUCAAGCGCGAGUUCAAGGAGGUGCUGAAGAGCGAGGAGACGAGCAAAAAUCAAAUUAAAGUAGAUCUUGUAGAUGAGAAUUUUACAGAAUUAAGAGGAGAAAUAGCGGGACCUCCGGAUACACCAUAUGAAGGAGGAAGAUAUCAACUAGAGAUAAAAAUACCAGAAACAUAUCCAUUCAACCCUCCUAAGGUGCGGUUUAUCACUAAAAUAUGGCAUCCCAAUAUUAGCUCUGUAACUGGAGCCAUCUGUUUGGAUAUCCUGAAAGAUCAAUGGGCAGCUGCGAUGACUCUCCGGACAGUAUUGUUAUCCUUACAAGCGUUGUUGGCCGCAGCAGAACCAGAUGACCCCCAAGAUGCAGUCGUAGCCAAUCAGUACAAACAAAAUCCAGAAAUGUUUAAACAGACAGCACGACUUUGGGCACAUGUGUAUGCUGGAGCACCAGUUUCUAGUCCAGAAUACACCAAAAAGAUAGAAAACCUUUGUGCUAUGGGCUUUGAUAGGAAUGCGGUAAUAGUGGCCUUGUCUUCCAAAUCAUGGGACGUAGAGACGGCGACAGAACUGCUUCUGAGUAACUGAGCCGCAGGGAGCGCGAGCGCUGCCGACCCAGGCCAGCCUGCCUCUUCCCGGGAACACACCGCCGUCUGCGUAGAUUCUUUUAAAACUGGCACUCUGGCCUGCCCACCUCACCUAGGCCUCAGCGGAGACUGAAAAACUGCUCUGUAAAUAAAGCUAAUUAAACGUCUGUGUACAUUUAAAAAGGGGAAAUACUUUAAUUUUUUUCUUCCGAAACAGUGGAGAGGUUCUUCGAGCUAAGGGCAGACCCUGGAGGACACGUGCAUCUUUAGUAUUUAGCAGGUGGGACCAAGACUAGGAAGAGUUGGCUUCAGGAUUGUGUCGAGUAACGAUCCCAAGUAACGUUUCGAGUGUGUCUUAGUCAACCCGCUUGUUGGUGCUGCUCAUCUGCGCGAUCUUUCUGUUGUUACCACGGACCCCCCGUGUGCCUGUGAAUUACCUGCAUGCUUGUGCUUUACUGGGGGAGAACGGGAGAGAGUGAAUGGGAAUAUCUAGCGGAGCGUUCUUCCAAGAGAGCUCUGGAAAAUUCACGCUUCGCCCCAAGUCGGGAGGUGAGGAGACCUCUUCGGAAUCACUUUCUUGUCUUGCUGUUGAACGAAAUGCUUCUUCCUCCCCCCGCCUCCUCCACGUACGUCUUUCCCCUAAAGCCAGAUUUUCUCUUUUACUCGUCGGUGGGGGACGGGCCGCUUCUGUCGGCCCACUGGGUUUGGGAUGUUUGACCAGAACCUCUCACACCCAGUCUUAAAGAGGUUCCUUCAUUCACGACCGUGUCAGACCGGGGUGUUAGAUCGGAUUGUUUGGAUUCUUGACAGGGCAAGUUUGCCGAACUGGGGACCGGGACUCAGCCGGUGGAUUGGCACGAAUCCUCUUUUAAACAAAAGCCGGCUCGGUACGCGAAUGUGUGCUUUGAGUUCUUCCUUCCUAUGAUGCAGUCGUUGGUCUGCGACAGUCUUUUACCUUUGAACUCUGUUGUAUGGAUUGCGUAACAGGUACCGUAAUAUCUCCUCUCGCCUUUUUCCCUUGUUGACACACGGAAGCUGUGCUGGUGUUUUACUGUAUAGACUUCAAACAGUGGAGAAGUGUUCGCAAAUCAGCGUUCUUUUCGUUGCUCCUGGUAAAACGAGAAUUAACCUCAUUUGCUUUUGUACAUAGUCGGACUUCAUUCGUAUUAAAUUGGCAUUUCGUCCUCGGUUCA